AUGACAAGGGACCGAUACCACUCCCUACGAAAUGCCGUGAAACUCGUGGACGACAACGACGUACUUAUUGACGAAAAACGAGAAGAUGCGUUUUGGAAGGUUCGGCCGUUGUUGAACGCUGUCCAGCAGGAAUGCCAUCGCACACCUCGUGCAGCAUACGUUUCAAUAGACGAGCAAAUGGUGCCGUUCCAUGGGAAGGUGGAAAUGCGCCAGUAUGUCAGGGGGAAGCCGAACCCCGUUGGGCUCAAAAACUUUGUUUUGGCCACACCAGAUGGCAUUCCCCUAGAUUUCACCAUGUACGCGGGAAAGGGUUGUACUAUCAAAGGCGCCGUCGUUUGUGAAGACUUGGAUAGUGGAGGAAAAGUUGUACUAAAGCUCUGUCAAUCCCUGCAAGCAGGAACCUGCAUUUUCACGGACCGUUAUUUUACAUCAGUAGCGCUUUUAGAUGAAUUGCUGCAACACGGCAUCAGUGGCUGCGGAACACUGAUGCGCUCAAGAGUCCCGGCGGCCAACAAGCUGAGAUCCGAAAGCCAGCUCAAGAAAGGGGGCAGAGGUACAAGUGAACAAGUAGUUCGCAGCGAUGGUGCAGUGUCACUCGUCCAAUGGUACGACAGUCGACAGGUUCUAGUUGCAUCUACCAUGUUCGGAAAGGAGCCGGUUACAACAUGCCGCAGAUGGUGUAAAAAAACAAAACGGUACAUUACUGUUGAAAGACCUGACGCACUCACGAAAUAUAAUGCAUUCAUGGGAGGCGUCGACCAACUAGACAGAUGCAUCAGUAUGUACCGAAGUAGGACCAGAACCAACACGUGGACACUCCGCAUGGUAUUCCAGAUGUUUGACUUCGCGUGUGCAGCAGCGUGGGUGAGGUACUGUCGUUCCAUGCAGUCGAAAGGGAAAAAUCCUAAAGAGAUUUUGGACUAUUUGGACUUCCGAAUGCGUGUUGCUGAAGGGUUGAUCUACGUUCAGGACAUUGUCGAAACCAGUGACAGCAGCACGGACGAAGACACGCCUGGAAGCCGAAAGCCAUUCCUACCUUUGCCUCCACCCAAGAAGCGAAGCUGUGGUGCACUUCACUUGCCAGAAAUGGGCACGACACAAAAAGCGCGAAGCCGCUGCAGGCUUCCCGGCUGCAAGGCACUCACAGCAGUGCGUUGCAAAGAAUGUAAAAUAUUUCUUUGCUUCAACGGGAGUCGCAAUUGUUACAAGGGGUUCCACACCCAGAAAUAA